AUGGCUGAAAUGAAAGAUCCUGCAGCUUGCAGGACAUGUGGCUACUGGGGAGCAGACAUUCGCAUCAAUAGGUGCGGCUGUCAUAUCCAUUCAAGAUGUCUCCCCCGGAAUUUCGUAAUUAAUGGGAUUACCAAGGAAAACGGGGAUGGACAAGGUUGUCCUUGCUGCAACACAGCUGUCACUGGAUUGUACUUGAAGCCCCUUUCCUUCCAUGACUUGGAAGAUUCUGUCCGUCUGCGCAAGGCGGAUGUGCUGAAGAAGAGCAAGAGCAAGGUCUACAAUGAUGAUGAUGCGGAUGUUGAAGCCAGAUAUCUAGUGUUUUCCCAGGGACGAAACACAGUCAGUAGUACACUUUCCGAUACGGACAAUGCACGCACUGGACGAUGGACCGAAGGAGAAGUUGCUUUUGUGGAUCAUUUGGUCCAGGCGUUUGAUAAGGGCGUACUUCCACUGCCACAAGGAGUCAAGCUGUCUACCUUCUUGGGCGACGUUCUCUUGUGUAAAGCCAGUCGAUUGACCAAGAAGAUGAAAAACGCCAGGCUCAGCACACGAUCUUUUGAAGUCAAACAAACGCAAGUUUCAGUACCGACAAAAGAGGAUUAUGAAGUCUUUGGUGCUCUCCAGGAUCGCUUCAUUUCCAGCAUGCCGACCAAGGUUGCGCAGUUGGAACUCAAGUUUAACCUUAUCAAGCAAUGGCGAGCUUACUUUUCAAAUCUAUGCAUCGAAACUGGAUUCAAAGGACUAGACGCCAACGACUGGAUAUCUAGUGUGGAUGAAUUUGAGUGCAUGGCUUCCAAGACCGAAGAGCAAAUGCGCAUCGUUCGCCGAAAGCGAAUGGGAUUGGGUGGCUGCAGCACAGGGCAGCAUCGUCCAUUGAAGCAAGCACGAAGCGAGCCCAUGCUUCAAGAGAUUGCUUCAAAGCCCAUGCCCACCUCAUCUUCUAUGUCCGCCUUUGGCAUGGAGCUGACUGUGAAGUCCUCUAGUCCCGGCCCUCCAAUCCAUCAACGGGCACAUUGCGAGGAUCUCGACAGUGCCAUUCUGUCUUUGUAUGAUCAAGAUGAAAACAAUUUCAGCAGUCCUUUCGACGAAGACGACGUUGCACUGCCCGUUCCGCAAGCUCUACCCUCUUCGGAUGAUCCCUUCUUGGCGGAAAUUUCUCGUUUCAUGGAAGACAGGAAGCUUCCCUUUCAACAUGCUGACGUGUGGGUACCAUCAUUUGCCCAUGGAAGCGGCGAGGAAGUUCAGCUGCUUCAUGCGGGGCAUGCCACCAGACGCGACCAAGGUGGGAUAUUAUUUGAUACUCUGAAGACAUUUGGAGAGUUUUCCAAGACUUUCACAUUUCGUCCGAACCAAGGGCUUCCAGGAAGAGCUUACACAACUGGUAAAGCUCAAUGGGAUUCCCAUCUAUCCAACCCAGCAUUUUUUGCAAGAUCCAAGGGUGCAGAAGCGUACGGUCUCCGUACGGCAAUUGGAAUUCCCAUCAGCACUCCUGGUGUAGGUCGAAUAGUUGUGGUGUUCUACAGUUCGUCGAAACUUGAGGAAGACGAAUCCUUGGUAUCCCGAUGCACCAGCGAACUUGUUAGCUACGUGCCAACACCCAAAUGGAAGCUAGUUAUUGAAAUGGGAAACCCCCGGCCUAAAGAAUUGAAUCAAGAAGGCCACCCAGCGAUCACUGAAGUGUGUACCGGUACUUCUGAGCACACUGGUAAAUCUGUCGUUGUCGACCAGAUGAUAUCCUUGCUUGGAAAUGAAUUGGCCUCUGCUUCGAACUCGGAUCGUCCUCCACAACAAGAUAUGUCUUUGCAAAUGAUGGGAAUGCGAAUCUUGUUGCUGAAACGUCCUUCCAACCGAUCAGAGAAAGAGAAAGAGUUGGUUGAAAUCCUGGAAGGAAGCUACAACGCAUACGCCAAGGACAACACGAGGAGUCAGUCAGAACUUGCGCGUCUUCUUGUCUCGGAGUACAUGUGCUUGAAUAAAACAAUGGACCCUGGCAAUUCUGAAUUCUCAGGGAGCGAACCUCCAAUGGAGGCACUGCAUGUGCAGCAUCAAGAGUCAGCGACCAUGCCAUCGAGGGUUUAUAGCAGCACGCAGCUGGAGGUCCCUGGUGCGAUUCUGCCACCCUUGGGCAGGCGUAAUGUUCGCACCAAAAACGUUCGAUCUGAUGCUAACAUCCGUCGGACGGUAUCUGUUUCUGGUAUUGGACCAGGAGGUGCUCCUGUGCCCGACCCAGUAUUCAAUGAUCAGGCACCCAGUUUCUGA